AAGGAGGAAAAAAUGCAGUCGCCUUAAGAUUAGCCAUGCGAGCGGUUCUGUUUGUACUCGCGGCCGCCGCGGCCGCCUCGUCGGCCCAACUGGACCAGUACUGGAUCGACAGGGCCGCCUUUCUCCAGGAGGAUUCUGCCACCUACCUUGGAUCAAAGAUUGUCCUGACCGCAGAUGAGCAGCGAGUCAACGACCUUCUGAUGGUGGCCAAGAGACAAAUUUACGAGAACUGCUUUGACCAAAUGUGCUUUCCUCCCGCGCGCCACUUCUUCGACGCGAAGGCCGACAUCGAGAGCUCGGAAGUUUUCCGCCUCAUAAAACUAAUGCCCAAAGGUGCAGCUCUCCACGGCCACGACACAGGCAUGGUGGGCACCGAGUGGCUCAUCAAGAACGCAACCAUGAGGAGUGACCUGUGGGCCUGCACAAAGGUCAGCACGUCACAACCCACGCCUCCGAUGGAACUCGACCUGCUCAAAAUGAUUUUUGCUCCAUCCGUGCCGGCGGCCAACACCUGCCCUGACGGCGCCUGGAUCUCGGUCGCCACCCUGCGCACCACCAACCCCACCGAAGUUGACCCCUGGUUCGAGCACUUCCUUUCACUGGUCACCCCUGACCCAACAACUCGGUACCCGAACGUCAACGUGGCCUGGGAGUAUUUUUCCAAAUUGUUUGACGUCACCGGAGGCCUGUUGUCGCACACGCCCGUUUUUAGGGAUUAUUUCACGCAAACGCUGCGGGAGCUCAAAGACGACAACGUGCAGUACCUCGAACUCAGGGGGCUGAUGUUGCCAACGUACAAUUUGGACGGCAGCACUUUGGACACGAUGCAAGUGGCGACGCUGUACGCGGAGGCGAACGCUGAGUUCAGCGGCCAACAGGUGCCGGGCGAGUGGUUCGGCUCGCGGUUCAUUUACGCGCCGACCAGGAACGUGGACAAUGCGACCGUCGACACGUACGUGCAGACGGCCGAAGCGCUCAUCAGGGCGCACCCCAACUACCUGGCGGGUUUCGACCUGGUCGGCCAGGAGGACAAGGGCAGACCCUUGGUCGAGUUCAUCAACCAAAUGUUCGACCUAAGGGCGCAGGUCCCAGACGUCAAAUUUUUCUUCCACGCCGGAGAAACUAAUUGGCAGGGAGAAACAGAUUUGAACAUUAUCGACGCAUUGCUUCUCAACACGACCAGAAUUGGCCACGGUUUUGCCAUCAGCAAGCAUCCUGCGGCCAAACGAUUGGCCGCUGAAAAAGGAGUUGCGAUUGAAGUGAACCCAAUUUCUAAUCAGGUUCUGAAACUGGUGGAGGACUUGCGAAACCACCCCGUGUCAACUCUGCUGGCGGAGGACUUCCCAGUGGUCGUUUCGUGCGACGACCCCUCGUUUUGGGGCGCCAAGGGCCUCAGCUACGACUUCUAUCAGAUGUUCAUGGGCAUCGCGAGCAAAGACGCCGACCUGCGCUUCCUAAAACAGCUCGCCAUCAAUUCCCUGCAGUACAGCUCGAUGCCCGCCGACGAGAAGACGUGCGCCCUGGAAGCGUGGGCCAUUCUGUGGGACCGGUUCAUCGCCUCAGUCCUCGGAAAUCCCGCGCCAACCAAUAAAAAAAACAGGGCCGCGUGCGUCACAAUUUGGAACAACAAUGUGAAACUCCAGACAAACGAGCUCUAGGCGUUUAGUUCAAGUGAAAUUAAGUUCGCAAAAAUAAACACAAGGAAUGAAUUAUUUUAUUUCUUUGAAUUUUUCCUCCGCUCAAAGUUUGCCGACCUAUUGAUAUUUCCAAUU